UCAAGGCAAUCAGUGCAGAAGAUGAGACACACCAAGAUUGGGGCUGGAGGCGAACCUGAAGAGAACCGGGCCUCAAGAUGGAGACGCAGCAGCCAGGCACGAAAGCCUCGGUAGAGAUAAACAGCAGCUCGAAAUUAUACCAUAAUUAGCACCACCUGGUCCACUGGGCCCAACUAGGCCUCAGACGAGCAGGUGGGUACCAAAAUGUCUAAACCCAUCUGCCAGCCCUGUCGAGGAAUGCCUAAUGUGCUCGCCAUAUUCCCUUGCUGUGUGCCUCGUCUCCUUACUGGAUCGUUAUCAGCUAAAUUUAUAAUCCUGUAGGUUGACUGUGGCUGACCCAUGUUGUACCGACAUUGUGAUUUUGCUAUAUACAAUAUCCUUGGACAGAGCCUCCUCGGGAUCCCUCCUGGAAAUCAGGAGCUGUUCUUAAUUCCUGACCGCCUCCUACGGUUCGCGCCUUCACUCCACUCUUGUGGAGACCACGAGCUCCGCACACCGGAAGUCUGACAGGCUGGGACUUCCGGGAAGAUGGCGGGGGGGGGGGUGUGUCACCGGAAAGACCCUCUGGAGACUCAAUAGGGUGGGAGUUAUUUUCCCUGUCACAAAAGGGAACAGGAGAAAGGAUUACUCAAAGCUGGCUCCGAGGCGAUGGGGCCCCUUUACCCCACAUCGCCAACUCCCGCACAAGUAGGUCGGGCCUCAGGCUCCUUCCGGCCUCCCCGCCCGAGGAGCGGGAAUGGAGUCGGUCCCGGGCCCCCCUCUGCUAGCUCCUUCCGCAGGGGCGCUGAGGCUGGAGGGGCGGAGAACCUUGGUAGCGGCGUGGCAUCCUCCGGGCUGGCGGCCCCGCAGCCCUCAGGCCUCUUCCUCCCGAGGAGACGCCCAGUCAGCCCCACGAGCCCUUCUGCACACUGGGGCGCAGGGGGAGCAGGCAGCACAGCCCCAGGUCACGGGCACCUGGGCCGGCGAAAGAGAGAGAGGAAAGCCAGCCACAAGGGUGAAGAGGGAUGAAGUCACCCAUAGCAGGGACCCGCUGGAGCCCACUGCCUCGGGUCCCAACUCCUGCUCAUGCCUGCUGCCCUGGAAAUGGCCCUGCUGCUUCUCUUCUUUGGGAGCUUCUGGAGCCCGCUGGUGAGUCCACAGGAGACUUUGCUGAUGCCCAUCUUGGGAAACUCCACUUCUUUAGUCUCGGACUCAGCGACCUCCAUGGAGCCAGUGACGAGGGCCUCUUCAGAGCACAGCGCAAGCAAUCAGGUCUCCACCCCAGCCCCCUCCACUCCCUUUAGAGACAGCGAGGUGCCCUCUCUUGGGAGUUCUGUUGGUGCCAGCACUGGCCCUGCUGUGUCUGAGCCAGCGCCCUCCAAGGUGGAUUCUACCCAGAAGCCAUCAGAGCUGGAAAUCUCUAGUGCAACCAGUGGCCCUGCUGUCCCUGUAGCAGUGAGCUCUCAGGGACACCCCACUGUGACAGGUGCAGCCAUGGCAUUUACCUCUGUGGAAACCUCUGGUGGGACCAGUGAAUCCUCUGUCACCAUGGCAACAAACUCUCUGGAAACCUCCAGUGGACCCCCUGUCACCAUGGCAACACGUUCUGUGGAUACCUCCAGUGGGGCCAGUGGAACUUCUGUUACCAUGACAACUAGCUCUCCAGAGCCCUCCAGUGGGACCAGUGGCCCUCCUGUCUCUAUGACAAUCAGCUCCCCGGUAACCUCCAAUGUGGCCAGCAGCUCCCCAGUCUCCACCAUAAAAGUAUCCAUGGUGACCACCCCAAAGCCUUCCACAAGCACAAGCACUGAGCCCUCUACAAGCCCAGGCCAGGGGCGGAAGGGCAUGAUGCUGGUGCCCCUGCUGGUGACCCUGCUGGUGGUCAUGGUGCUCGUGGCACUGUUCCUGCUGUGGCGCCAGCGGCAGAAGCGCCGCACAGGGGUCCUGACAUUGAGCGGCGGCGGGAAGCACAAUGGGGUGGUGAAUGCCUGGGCUGGGCCCGCACAGGUCCCUGACGAGGAGGCUGUGACAGCAGCAGUGGGAGGGCCCCUGGGUGACAAGGGCUCUGGGGUCCCCGAGACAGAGGGGUCUGCCCAGUGGCCCAUGCUCACCACUUUCUUUAGCAGACGGAAGUCUCACCAGGGCUCCUUGGCCAUGGAGGAGCUGAAGUCCGGGCAAGGCCCCUGCCUGCAGGGCGAGGAAGAGCCGCUGGUGGGCAGUAAGGACGAGGCUGUGGAGGACCCUGCUCCCGAGGGCCCCGCCACCGACAGGGCAGCACCUCAGUGGCUGUGAAUAGCAGGAGCCUCCCUCUCAGCUUCACUUCCCCCAUGCCCACACCGGCAACCCCAGGAUUCUCGCUCUGCCCAGCAUCUCUCCUGGGCCCCCCUGCCAGCGCCCUCCCACGUCUGCAUCUGCAUCUAGACCUGGCCGCAGCCCGCCCCUGCUGUUGCAGACCAAACCAGCCUGCCUCCUCAAGAAUCCCUCAGUCCCCUCCCCAGCUUUCUUCACCUGGAACCAGUUGCUGAAUCGCCUCGAUCCCAACCUUACUGACCCAGGAUUUCUCCGAGGAUGCCCCUGGGGAGGCCAGAUAUUGGGAAGAAGGAGGAAAUGACAAUCCGGCCAACUCCCCAGGACAAAACUUUGUGAAGUGUGCGUACGUGGGGGCCCUCGUUAGGACAUCCUACGGGAACAGCCAUGAGCCCCUCUCUUGGGGCUUCAACCCUCAGCAGGGGUUGCUCUGGGCCUCCCUGGAGCCUCGGCUGGCUGGGGCUGGCUGUCUAGCUUUGCUCUGAGGGAGCCUGUGACCUCCUGAGCCCCAGGACCCAGGGAUGCCCUAGCCCAAGCUACCACUCUGCCACACCUAGGGACUGGGCUGCUGGGCCUUCGACACUUCCCUGGCCGGGGUAGGGUGGUUCUUGGGAAGGCUGCCACCUGUGAGGGACCCCUCCUGGUGAGCUCUCUGUGCAAGAGGUGGCGGUAUUGAAGGGACAGUUUGAAGGAGGGGGCACGAUGGGGGCUGAGGAGGGGCUGCCUCAGUGUGGGGUACAGAGCCACUGGGAACACAAGUGCUCUCACUUUUGCUCAGAUGCGGACUCACGGGCAACUCUAACUCGGUAGUCUGAGUCUAAGCAAGAAUGCAGGCUUGACAGGCCUAGUGUGUGGUGCGCGCCUGUACUCCCGGCACUCAGGAGGGCCAGGCAGGAGGAUCUCCGUGAGUUUAAGGCCAGCCUGAACGACAUAGCAAGACUCUGUUGCAAAAAACAAAACAAGAGAAUUCAGGCUUCUCAGAAAGAUGGAAUAUGUGACCAAGUGCAGGCUCUCAGCUACCGCAUCCCCUCUUCAAAGGCUCCCUCUCUUCAACACACGCACGCAGGCACACACACACUCACAGGCCGGAGGGGAUCUGCCCGAGCAGCGGGACGGCACAGUAAGUCCCGCUGACACCCCCAUGUUCUAGGGUGGGCCAGUGUCUCCCCUUUCUGCCAUCCUUCUCCAGGCUGAGUGGACAGGCGGUCGCAGGGUAGCCCACGGGUGGCUGGUGUCCCCAGGCAAAGGGAAUUUUGCACAGAGGAAUUCCUUGAGUCAGAGGGGCAGAUGCCGAGACAGACUGACCUACUAAAGGGGUGUGGGAGUGGGAUUGACUGUGCUGGCCUGUGGCCUGUGCAGGGCGCCCCGGGUGGCUCCGUUGACAGUGGGAGAAGGGACAGGAAGCGUCCACAAAUCCAGCGGUGCCACGUCCGCGACCCCCACUCUGGUCUGUGGCAAAGGGCUGAGCCAUGUGUGUGGAUGGAGCGGAGCAGAUGGAAAUCCAGCCUGUGCUGCCAGGCCGCAGACCCGGCCACACGGAGGCCCCUGCCCCACGCUGUGGGCACAGCCUGAGGCCCCAACAGCAGAACUCACUUGCAGAAAUCCCUCAGGGAUACAGCGCUGUGGCCUCAGACGUGUCAAAAAAUUGCACCCCAGUUACAGGUUUAGACAAUACUGCCACUCCCUCUCCUUUACAGAGGUGGUUGUUCUGAAUCCUGUAGGAAGCAGGGUGGGGAAGGCACCCCAAUAAUGGUUCCCAGUCCAGAAAAUGACAGAUGUUAUGAGUGUUAAAGUGGAGGUGCAGGGAGUUUCACCAAAAGAAAAGGCACGCUGCUUCUGAGGGAGGAGUGGGCUUCCCGAGAGAGUCUGUCUCUGGGACUUUGUCACCUCCACUGCUGUCUUUCUGGUGGCCACUGUGCCUGGCUCGCACCUGGUCCUCAGUGAAUGAUCACUUGAAUGAAUGAGUUAAUCCUCUCAAGUGGAUUUAUAUUUGUUUUAUUUUUCCUCCCUUGGUACUGGGAUUGAUCCCAGAGCCUUCACACUGAGCUACGUUCUGAGGCCUUUUUUAUUUUGAAACAGGGCCUCAUGAAGUGGCUAAAUUGCCCAGGCUGGGCGCGAACUUGUCAUUCUCCUGCCUCAGCCUCCCAGACAGCUGGACCUCAGAGAUUUUGAAAGCUAAGAAAGAUUUUGUCAGGCUGGAAAAAGGGAAGAGCAUGUGUGUAGAGGGCAUGGGUGGAAAAGCCCAAUGAGGAAAGUGGAGCAGUUCUUUUUUUGGCAAACGUGGAGUAAAUGCUUUCCAAUUCCCUAGAGGGAAAAAGAAUGUAGGGGCAGCAAUAGAUAUUGCAAGAACAAAAUGGGGAAAAGAAAGAAAAGGAGAAUGAGAAAAACAAGCGAAUAGACAAUAUAGUGAUAGUUUCAAAUAUAUCAGUUCUGGAAAUAGUUUUAUGUGUAUUUUUAUGCUUGUCAUAGUCACCAGAAAUCAUGUUUUCAAAAACUAUGAAAAAAAGAAAACUAUAUGAAGACUUUGAAAAAAUACAAUACCAUGUUAAGUGG